AUGUCCAAAGUUGAAGGUCCACCCGAUGAAGAGGUGACUCCAGAAAAUGGCAAAGCCGACCUGCAGGACAUCAUCAAUCAAGUUGGCUUGGGCCCAGCGCAGAUCUUUUGGGGAGUCCUGGGGGGUGGCAUUUGGCUUGCGGAUGGCGCAGAGCUACUUCUGGUCAGUUCGGUGACGAGGUCUUUGCAAACCGAGUGGCAUUUGACGUCGUACAUGAAAGGUAUAAUCGUGUCUGCGGUGUACCUGGGAAUUCUCAUAGGCAACUACUCAAGUGGGCCUUUUAGCCAGCGCUUUGGCCGACGAGAGAUGGUCAUUGCCUCGUAUUCCGGCAUCUUCCUUUGUGGAAUCUUGAGCUGCGUGAGUGCUUCUGCCUUGGAAUUUCUGGCCAUCAGAUUCGUUGGUGGCUUCUUCAUCGGUCUAGGCCAGCCUGCCUGGCUCGCAAUCAGCUCCGAAGUUACCCCGCCUGCAUGGAGAAUCUCCAUGAGUGCCUGCACCCAGUCCCUCUUCGUGUUUGGCGAGCUGUAUGUUUCCUUCGUGAUCAUGAUGGACGACAUGACUAUGCAGGCGCUGCAUUGGCGCGUGCUGCUGCGGCUUUGUGCGCUGCCAUCCCUCUGUCUGACAACUUUGAGCAUGAUCUACCUCAACGAGUCGCCCGUCUUUCUGGCACAGAAGGGCCGCAUCAAGGAAGCCCGGAUGGUCGUAGAGACCAUGGCCAGGCAGAAUCAGACGAUGCCAAGCACGUUGAGUUUUCGGCAGCCGCGGGUGAGACAACCUGAUGCAUCCCUCCUGAGCCAGAUGCGGAGGCAGAUGGCUGUCGUCUUUCAUAGGUCCUCUUUCGUUCCAACACUAGUCUUGAUGGGGACAUGCUUUACCGUGAACAUGAUCUACUUUGGCAGCCUCUUCGCGUUUCCACAAGUACUUCCCACGCUGAUGCACGGCCACGCUGCCUCCCAGUUGCUGGUUGGAGCGCUCUGGGAGCUCCCUGGGAUGGCGCUCGGAUGGUUGCUGGGCAUGUACGCUCCCAGGAAGACUGGCCUCAAGGUCUACCUCACCGCUUUGUCCUGCUUCCUCCUGUGCUUCAUUAUUGGUGUCCAUGACGAGCAGUCCAAACUUCUGAAGGCAAUGCUUUACAUUGGGUAUUAUGGCGUCAAGUCCACACCCAACAUCGCCUUCAUCAUCGCCUUCCAGAUGUCUGUGGAGCUCUACCCAACGGAGGCACGCACCAUGGGUUCGGGGCUUUGUCUCGCAAGUGGACGGCUUGCAGCGAUGAUUGCUCCGAUGGUUUAUGAAUGCAUCGUUGGCUGGACUGGUGGAUUCUUGCCUUUUUUCGUGCUCAUGGCUGCCUUCACCGUGGGCAACUUGUACAUGGUCGACCUGAUGCCAGAGACGUCAACCCUAAAGCACGACGACGAGAUUUCGAAGGACUCCCCUGAAAAGCCUGUCCAUGUUGUCUGA